GGCACCGCCAAGGGCGCACCCUCCCGCGUGUCUCGCCUCAACAAAAACAAUGGCUGGGAGCUUGAGGACAAUCAGCGCACUGGGUUGCACAAGGCACAGCACUUUCGCAUGGCGACGAGCAGCGAUGUGGCCAUUCACAGGAGCGGGGUGCAAAGCGCGGACCGUGGUGUGAGCUAUGGGAAUGAGCGGCUGGGUGCACAAGCUGAGGGCGGCGAUUGCGAUGGUGAUAACAACGGCGGCGGCAACGGCAUUGACAACGGCAGCGAGAACGCCAGCGGCGGCGGAGGAGGAGGAGGAGGUCCGAUCGACAUUGACGCGAUCCUGGAGGUGCACAACGCAGCGCGGCGGGAGGUGGGGGUGGCGGACCUGGCAUGGGACGACGGCGCGGCAGCAGCAGCGCAGGAGUGGGCGGACCAGCUGGCGUCCGCGGGUUGCCCGCUGCAGCACGGCGGCGCGGAGGGGCUCGGGCAGAACCUGUACUGGCGCGCGCCGGCAGCGCUGACCCCCGAGGAGGAUCGCAUGGCGGUGCAGGCGUGGGUGGAUGAGAAGGCGGAUUGGACUCCUAGCCCCGUGCCCGAGGGGUGUGCGGAGGGGCGGAUGUGCGGGCAUUACACGCAGGUGGUGUGGGCGGGGACGACCCAUGUGGGGUGUGCGUCGGUGCAAUGCCCUGAUGGAGGUGGCAUGUGGGUGUGUGAUUACUCGCCCCAGGGGAACAUCAUUGGCGGAAAGGCUUAUAGUUUGGGCAGAGGAGGGAGGGAGGCUUAUGAAAACGAGAGCAGGGGAAACGGGGGGAACGGGAGUGGGGACCCGGAGGGGGAAAUGGAACAGGGAAAUGGGAGGGGAGAGUGGAGGGGGGAAGUGGGAGGGGGGAACAAGAGGGAGGGAUGGAAAGGGGUAAUGCACUGCUCUCAUGCCAUGUGCGCUGCUAUCAUGCCAUGUGCUGCUCCCAUGCCAUGUGCGCUGCUCCCAUGCCAUGUGCUGCUCCCAUGCCAUGUGCGCUGCUCCCAUGCCAUGUGCGCUGCUCCCAUGCCAUGUGCGCUGCUCCCAUGCCAUGUGCGCUGCUCCCAUGCCAUGUGCGCUGCUCCCAUGUCAUGUGCGCUUUUCCUAUGCCAUGUGCGCUGCUCCCAUGCCAUGUGCGCUGCUCCCAUGCCAUGUGCGCUGCUCCCAUGCCAUGUGCGCUGCUCCCAUGCCAUGUGCGCUGCUCCCAUGCCAUGUGCGCUGCUCCCAUGCCAUGUGCGCUGCUCCCAUGCCAUGUGCGCUGCUCCCAUGCCAUGUGCGCUGCUCCCAUGCCAUGUGCGCUGCUCCCAUGCCAUGUGCGCUGCUCCCAUGCCAUGUGCGCUGCUCCCAUGCCAUGUGCGCUGCUCCCAUGCCAUGUGCGCUGCUCCCAUGCCAUGUGCGCUGCUCCCAUGCCAUGUCCGCUGCUCCCAUGCCAUGUGCGCUGCUCCCAUGCCAUGUGCGCUGCUCCCAUGCCAUGUGCGCUGCUCCCAUGCCAUGUGCGCUGCUCCCAUGCCAUGUGCGCUGCUCCCAUGCCAUGUGCGCUCUCUCUCAUGCCAUGUGCGCUCUCUCCCAUGCCAUGUGCGCUCUCUCCCAUGCCAUGUGCGCUCUCUCUCAUGCCAUGUGCGCUCUCUCCCAUGCCAUGUGCGCUGCUCCCAUGCCAUGUGCGCUGCUCCCAUGCCAUGUGCGCUCUCUCUCAUGCCAUGUGCGCUCUCUCUCAUGCCAUGUGCGCUGCUCUCAUGCCAUGUGCGCUGCUCACGCUGCUUCGCCGCGCUGCUCCCUUCUGAGUGUCCGUUACUCAAUAGCAUCAUGGGUGAUUUUGAGGCGCCUCGAAAUUCCUCCUCUGAGUGUCAGUAA